AUGAUGAUUGUUAUUCGACAAACUACCUCCGGCCCGACCUCUACUGCUGCGGCGGAGGCGACCAAUGGCGCUUCCCUUGGAAUUGGUCCUUCAAAUGGCGCCGCAAAGUCAACCUUGGAAUGGCUUUUUGUUGCUUUAGUCUGCCUUCUCACCUUGUCCAUAAUAAUACGGAGAAUGAUGCAACUGAGAGCACGUCACAUACCCAUGUCGCAUUUUUUUAGGUCCCAUAGACCUGUGUCUCCUGCUCGCGGAUACCCCGUUUCAUCACCACCAAGAUACACGCUGCCCCGAUUAUCAGAUAUACCGGUGGCUUAUCACCCUCCAACGCGCAUGCGGGCAGCGGGUCCUGUUCCAGAGGGUCAGAGUGACAAGGAUGCUCUCCCAGCUUACGAUAAGGCUGGUAGUCCACCCAAAUACGUCGAGGCUGAGUCGACGUUCAUACCCCGGGUGGACUCAGAGAGAGCACCACCGGUUGUGAUUAAUACACAACCGACAAUCGGGUCCGAAACACUCACUGCAGACGCGAGAAGUUAA